CUGCCUUGACAGGGAGGGAGGUGGCGACGUGCUUAGUUGCGCCUUGCUGUGCGGCGGCGGCCUUUGCUCUUAGCUUGUGAUGGUCGGGCUGAGGCUGGGCGGGAGGUGCUGGCCCGCGUGACCUGGGCUGGCAGCGCCGCCACCACUUGAUACACUGACUGUAGCGAGUGGCUACAUUGUAUCCGCCGCCGCCGCCGCCACUUCACAUCGGCCCGGGCCCAGCAGUUGUACUAGCUACCUCCCUCCCUCCCUCCCUCUCUCCAGAACCAGCUCCCUCUCACUCCCCGGGCCCGGAGACGGAGACGGAGAGCCGGGCAAUGAUCUCCAACCUCUGCCUCCUCCUCUCCCUCCUGGCGGCAGCCGCCUGUCCCGCCGCCGCCUUCUCCUACCCCGGCAACAGCGACAAGUUAUCCUCAAGGCGCAACUUGAAUGAAACCAGACCGCCCGUUGUACUGGUUCCAGGUGACCUGGGGAACCAGCUGGAGGCUAAGCUGAACAAACCUUCCGUGGUGCACUAUGUGUGCACCAAGAAAACCGAGGAUUACUUCACCCUCUGGCUGAAUCUCGAGCUGCUUCUGCCUCUCGUCAUUGACUGUUGGAUUGACAACAUGAGGCUGGUUUACAACACAACAACCAAAACAACCGAAACCCCACCUGGAGUUGAUGUGAGAGUUCCUGGAUUUGGGAAAACCUACCCACUGGAAUUCCUGGAUCCCAGCAAAAGGACUGUGGGGCUUUACUUCUAUACUCUGGUGAAGUACAUGGUGGCCUGGGGCUAUGUCAGGGAUGAAGAUGUCCGUGGUGCUCCGUACGACUGGCGCCGAGCACCCAAUGAAAACGGUCAGUAUUUCAAGGACCUGCAGGAGAUGAUUGAAUCCAUGUACAAGCAAUAUGGUGAACCCAUUGUCCUCCUAGCACACAGCAUGGGAAACCUCUACACCCUCUAUUUCCUGAACCAUCAGUCCCAGGAGUGGAAAGACAAAUACAUUAAGUCCUACAUUGCGCUGGGGGCUCCUUGGGGAGGUGUGACGAAGACUUUGCGAGUAUUGGCCACAGGAGAUAAUGAUCGAGUUCCUGUCAUCAGCCCAUUGAAGAUCCGUGAUCAGCAGCGGACUGCAGUCUCCACCAACUGGCUCCUCCCUUACAACAACACCUGGUCAAUGGACACGAUAUUCAUCACCACACCAACGUAUAAUUACACGAUAAAAGACUAUCAGAAGUUCUACCAGGACAUCAACUUCAAAGAAGGCUGGCUCAUUCGGCAAGACACCGAGCCGUUGGUGUACAAGUUGACUGCCCCUGGCGUCCCAAUAUAUUGCCUGUAUGGAACCGGAGUGCCAACGCCCGAGUCCUUUCAUUACGUUUCCUUCCCCAAUCAGGAACCCGUAGCCGUCAAUGGGGAUGGCGAUGGGACAGUCAACCUAGUUAGUGCUCUAAAGUGCAAGGAAUGGGCUGGGAAACAGAAAGGCAAAGUCUUCAUGAAAGAACUGCCAGGAAAUGAACAUGUAAAUAUGCUGUUGAAUCUCUCUACAAUAUCCUAUAUCCAAAAGAUCCUAUUUAAUUUAUCUCUGCUGUGAAUUCAUAGUGACUACUCUGGAAGUCGGAGGAAACUUUUGUUUUUCUGAAUCUUAACAGUUUUAUAGUGACUUGAGGCACUGCAUUAACUGUGAAUUGGCGUGUGCGUAACUAAGGUUGCUCUCUGACUUCACUGGAACAGGACUGUGCAUCAAUCCAACUGAUUCCCUUUCACCAACAAAGGAGCCGUGGAUAAUUAGUGGCACCUUUAUUCCAUUGGUGCAUGCAUAUUCCCAAAAGAUGCUGCAUUAUCUCAAUUCUCUCCAUUUUAUUGAUUGUGGUGUCUGAACUGAAUCUUCCUGAUUUUGACCUGACAUUGGAACAGGGGUGGGUCACUGAGCCUUUUCCAUCAUUGAACUGAACCACAUCUAUCUGCGACUGAAGCCGAUGUCAAGUGAAAUAGGUCUCAAUUAUUUUUUUUAAUCAUUUCAUUAUAAUGGAAUAUUGGGAUGUAUGUUGGAGAUUGGGGGCAGAGAGGGAUUUGUGAAGUUCAGUGGUUUAGGCAUACAACGAAGAUUCACAGAAGCAAGUCUUGCAGCCUUUUGAUGUCAAAAAUUUAACUGCUUGAAGAUGCAUUUGAUUGCAGGUUUGGCAAAUCGUGCUACGAUCCGGUAACAAAAUGAAGGUGUGAACAUCACCCCAAUCCACUUCCUGUAGGUUCACUGUAUAAUAGACUCCAUCCAGCAAAAAAAAAACAUAUGCAGGAUGGGAAACAGAAUUGUUGUAGUGCCAAAGCUUUUUUUUUUUUUUUUGCCACAGAUUCCAGCAUCUGCAGUCUCUCAUGCCCCUAGUGGUACUUCUGCAAAACCAAAGUUGAAGUACAUGGACAAGGAAAAUAUCAGGGAGCAGAAAUUCUGUCAUCCCUAAUAUGGCAAUGGAGAAUGUAUUGAAGUACAGAGGUUACGUAUGGUUUCCACUGGAUCCCAUCCUUGUAAUAUUAACUCUUUGUAAUUUAGGUUCCAACUCUUUAUGAAUACCUCUUCCAUACAUUUGCUUCUCGCUGUGUUUGCCAAACACUAAGUAUGGUACAGCUACCUCCUAAUUUCAAACCCACCUUGCACUAGUUGAAAGCAUCAUUUCUGAAUCAUCUUUAAAUUAAAAUGGAUGAAAGUGAAAGGGGAAAAUAGAUAUGUUUUGCUUCCCUAAACCUUAAGUAACUUGAUUUGAGUGCAAUUUCACAAAUAAUUAUUCUAAAAAGACAAUAAAACUUAACCUUUCCCAUUUACUUCUGCGGAGGGGGUUGUUUGUUUGCUUUUGCCAAGAAUAUUUUAGCAGGAUCGUGCAAUAUUUUGCUGUGUAUGAAUAGAUGAAUCUUUGUGCCUUCACUGUACUGAGGCCACGGCAUGCCUAUGGUAGUCAAGAUGUUUAAACUUUGUGCACACUAUUUAAUUUUUGUUUUGGGUGGGGAAAGAGCACAAUUUAUGGGUUGGUGGCGGUGAAAUAACACAAUUGGCUUGUGUGUACAUUUGCAGAAAGGAAAUGAGUAACAAUAGACACAGGACACUUUCUUACUUGGAAGAUGGGGGACAGCAUCAAAGGGUAUUGAUGAGUCCAUUAGUCUGUAGCCAGGUGAUCACCAAAGCGUGCUUCCUUGCCUCUGCCCCAUCACAGCAAAAGAAAUAGCUCUCGCAGAAGAAUUUACACUUUUGCCAUGUCUGGGGAACACAAUUCUGAGUUCACCACCACGAUAAUUUAUGGAGAAUCGAUAAUUCAUACAAUUUGUAACACAACAGGUAAGAGAGGUUUAUUAGGACAUCUAGUUACUUGAGAAAAAACAGCCAUGUCCCAAUAUACAUUUUCAAAAGUUUCCAGACAAUUCAAAGCCCAGGCUAGAAUACCAGUUAUGAAAUGUUGUUAUAAAUGUUGGAUGUUACCAGUUUCAUAUGUCGAGUUCAAUGUUGUCGUACAUUUUAAUAGUUCGUAAACUGUAAAUGUAGAAGCAAAUUCCAAAUAUUUGGUUGGUGCGCUUGCCCAGCGAUAUCUUAAUGGACAUGAAUAUUUUCUUAAGGCAGUUAUAUUUUUGAUACGGGCACUAUAUUCAAGGCAGCAAAGUCUGGGUGCAGCCAUAAAGCAGGUCAUUGUGGAUGCUGACUACAUCUGUAAGCUCUGCUGCCUUGUCCUUGUAUUCUGAUUGCUGAUAACUGAUUGGAAAACUAACAUUAAUUGCGCUGUCUCUGGGGGUGCAGCCCUGGUGUACCGGCUGCUCUUGGUAAAGGCUGUGCAGGGUACCAGAGGCACACUGCCGCGGACGAGAUAAAACAAGCAGACUGUGGAGUAGGGUGGUGACUUGCCCUUCCCCGUGCCUUCUUCCAACCUGUGGCAGCGAGUGGCAUGGUUGGAAUAGUGGGUCUGGCAAGGCAGGGAGGUAAAUCCAAUUGUUACUACUUAUAGACCAAACAUUAAUGUUUUGGUCUGUAAAGCUGGUGGCUGAGUCUGAUCACAAUUGUGUAUUCAUGCUGUUAUCUGUGCCUCUGCAGUUCACAUACCCAGCUUCUAAGAAUGGUCAUAUUUAAUCACUGAAGGCGCAUUGCUGUAACCACUGCUUCUGUUUCUACUCGAGUGUUUUUCAAUGGUAAAUAAACAAGUUUCACCUGCA